ACAAAUAGCGUGUAUAUACAGCCAAUUUAAAUUAACUGGGAAGAAAAACUUCCUUUUUUCGACAAAACAGUGUUCAUGGUUAGACAAGCCGGACAAGCUGUCAAACACAUACAUGACGAGAUUUUAAAUACUUUGGAAUGUUUGAAACUUUGGAAUGCCAAUUCAGGCAAUCGAAAUUCUACGUGCCAGUCUAUAUUUAAAGGCAACAAUUUGUCUUUGAUCUUUAACUACGACGAUGAAAUACGCGGCGGUUGUAAUCUCAACUUUGUUAGCUGCUGUAGCAGCACAGCAGCCUUAUACUGUUCAAGGCCCUCCGCUCAAAACCAGAUGGACAGACCAAGUUGGGACAAACCCUUGGCCUUCACAUCCCCGCCCACAGAUGUUUAGACAAGAUUGGCAAACCCUAAAUGGUUUAUGGCAGUUUAGCCCUACAGAUGCACAAGGUUUAGAUUCUCCUCCUACUGGACAAAAUCUCGAGAGGCAAAUUUUAGUACCAAGUUGUAUCGAAUCAGGUUUAUCAGGAAUACAAGAGGAUCAGGAAUUUAGCUGGUGGAAAACAUCAUUCCAAGCUCCUAAUGAUUGGCCAGCCGGUAAAACGCUCAUUAAUUUCGGUGCAGUCGAUUAUGAAGCAACUGUAUUUGUCAAUGGUCAAAAUGCCGGAUUCCAUAGGGGUGGCUACACUAGAUUCAGUGUCGAUAUCACGGACCAUAUUAAGGAUGAAAACGAGAUUUUAGUACACGUACAUGAUCCAUCAGACACAGAAGGCAUAAAUAUACCUCUUGGAAAACAACGCAGAUAUCGCAGAUCUCAUAUUUUCUACCAACCAUGCUCAGGGAUCUGGCAAUCUGCAUGGAUCGAGCGUGUUCCUACAGAUUAUAUCACGGACGUGCUUUUUGAUGCACAAGCUGAUGGUAGUAUUACAGCAACAAUCACUGGAUCAGAUGGUUCUUCUGGAGAUGUUACAGUCAGUAUCCGUCAACAAGGUUCAUCAGAUGAAGUCGCCAAGUUAACCGGUCCAAUCAAUACUGCUAUUAAAGGAAACGUAGACAAUGUCGAAGUUUGGGCACCUGGUGCACCAAAAUUAUACGAUAUAGUUGUCAAUUUCAAGGAUGACAAUGUUCAAUCAUACGCUGGUUUCCGUACCGUCGGAAAGGCUGAGAUUAACGGCAUUUUACGCCCAACAGUAAACGGAAAGUGGUACUUCCCAUUCUCUACACUCGAUCAAGGUUACUGGCCAGAUGGUAUCUACACUCCACCAACCAAGGAAGCAAUGCAGUUUGAUGUCGACUACCUCAAAGAGAUCGGAUUCAACACUAUCAGAAAGCAUAUCAAGGUCGAGCCAGAUGAAUACUACGCCUACACUGAUCAACAAGGUAUUAUGGUAUGGCAAGACAUGCCUUCUAUGCCUCACGACACCACUCCUAAUGAUGAUCAAACGGCAGAAUAUGACAGACAAUCACUCGAAUUGAUUAAAACACACGCUUUCUUCCCAUCAAUUAUUACAUGGGUUCUCUACAAUGAAGGCUGGGGUCAGCAAGACGGUCCAAUUGAAGAAGGAAUCACAAAUCAAGUCCGUGAUGCUGACUCAACGAGGAACAUUGAUUCAGUCAGUGGAUGGAAUGACCAUGGUUUUGGUGACUACAAAGAUGUACACACUUAUUCAGACAGUCAAUGUGGUUUGAUUGACGAUGAAGCACGUAUUCAAGUACAAGGUGAAUUCGGUGGUGUCGGUCUCAACAUGUCUGCCGAUCAACUUUGGCCAGAUCCGGCAGCUAUUGCUACAAUCCCAGAGACAUACGAGAUUGCUGUAGAUACUGCUUCGUACAACAAUCGUUCUAUAGAAGUUAUUGACAAUUUGACAAAUCAAGUCAGAAACAACAAAUGCUCUGCAGGUGUCUAUACCCAAACAACUGACACGGAAGGUGAAAUCAACGGUCUUAUCUCAUACAGCAGAGACGUAUCAAAAGCUAAUAUCGAUGCUUGGAAGGCAGCACUUCAAAGACUUUACGAUGCUGCAAGGGAAAAGGGCGGAUUUUAA